AUGACACGUGGCAUGGCCAUCAACCCACCUCAGCUCUUCUCUGUUCUUGCUUCUCAACCACCCCUUCCCUCCCUUCCCAACACUUCCCAUUGGCCCGCUCUCGUUGGCCAGCAUAACCAUCACUCUGGACUGCUCGAUCUUUCCCGCUCGAUUUCCCCCCUCUCCCCCGUCGCUACCCCCAGCCAGCAUCACCAUCACUCUGGACCGCAACUACGCCCUCACCUCCCCUGCCGUCUCCCUCUCUCUUCCUUCCUUCCCCCCUCCCCUCGCUCCCCUGCCUCUCCAUGUCCCACCACCAUCACCACCA